CGCGGCCAGGCGGCGGCAGGGAUGCCCCAGGGGAGGCGGCGGGAGGAGGAGGGCCCCCGCAUGGCCGUGCCCGGCUGCACAGCCCCCCGCUGCGCGCGCGGAGCCUGCGAAACCCUUCCAUGUGCCAUGGGCCCCGCCCGCGCGCUCGCCGCCGCGCUGGCCUGGGCGCUGCUGCCCCGCGGCGGGGCCUUCCGCGCCCGAGGCGUCGAGCUCCCCGAGCUGCGGCAGGAGGCGGGCCGCGCGCGCGGCCCGGCGAGCCGCGCGGCGCCCGCCGGGCAGGAGGAGGCCCCCGCAGAGCUGCAGGCGGGCGAGCGCCCCGAGGCCCGGCAGGAGGUGGGCCGCCCGACGGGCCCGGCGAGCCCUGUCCCGCGGCGCGCCGUGCGGGGCGAGACGCCCCCAGCUCGGCAGGCGGGCGGGCACUCCGAAGCCGAGCGCGAGGCGGGCAGCCCGAGGCUCCCCGCGAGCCGCCCGGCGAGCCCUGCCCGGCAGCCCGCUGGGCACGAGGGGGCGCGCACGUCUCGAAAGCCGGUCGGCCCGAGCGCCCUCUCUGCCCUCGGCAGCGGCCGCCUCGGCGGCGCCGCCGCGGCGCGCUCGGGGGCGCUGACUCGCCAGGCGCUGCAGGGCGUUGAUCAUCUCCAGGAGCAGGCACUGGGCGCCGCCGUCGUCGUCUAUGCAUUGGUGGUCGUGUGCUGCGCGGCCUACACUAUCGCAGGGAAGGACGACCACCGGACUCAGGAGCUGAAGAGACUUCAGUCCUUCGAGCGCGACCGGCUCAACGAGGCCGUCCACACGCUUGCCGACCAGAUGGAAGCGAGCCUCGCAGAGAUGGCCGAGGACGCAACGCUGUUGGCGGAGUCCAACUUCGAAGACAAGCGGCGCGAUUUCCUAAAGUUCCUCAGGAGCAUGAAGGAGCAGCCUCAGAAGCUUGGCCACGCAGGCCUAGCCGCCUCACUCCGACGCUUCGUGCGCCAGUGGCUGGAGGCUUUCAAGGAAUGCUCACUGGACCCCGGGAGCGCGCCUGUGGUGGUCCUUCAGGACGAGGAGCUAGGCCGCACCGAGAGCAUGCCCGUGGCCGAGAUGCUCGGCCUACUCGUGGAGAAGCUGGACAAGGUGGAAGUCAGGUUUGCCGUGAAGGCCGUGGUCGAGCUGAGAGCUGCUCGCAACGCGCGCACCGACCCCGGCAGCGCUGCUGCACGCUCUGUGCUGCCGCCCGUCAGGUGCAUCUGCGCCGCUACUUGCGCAGUGCUGCUCGGUGUGGCGCUGGCGGCGCUGAACUGGGCGCGAGACCUUGAGCUGUAUGCGGUCUGCGCCCUCAUCGCUGCUCUGGCCAGUCCGCUCAUAGCGAUGCGCGCGGACACCUCGCUGGAGAGGCUGAACCUGCAGGUGGCGCAGCUGAAGGAGCAGAAGGCCGACGUGGAGGCGAGGCACACGGAGGUGGCGCGAGUGUUCGGCAAGCUCCAGAGCGUGACGCACCUCUGGCUGCACCGCGUGCUGCCCCGCCUGGAGCUGCUGACGGAGGUGCACGCGGCGCUGGCGCACGCCUCCGCCUCCGAGGCGGCGGGCCUGCUGAACGCCGGCUGCGACAUGCUCGAUCAGGUGACGAAGGCCCUGGGCCCCCUGCCGCUCUGGUGGGGCGACACGAUGCUCUCAGAGAAGCACCUCGCCGUGCUGACCGCACAGCUCACCGACUCGUCGCAGGGGGUCUCCACGAGGGUCGACGCCGGGGCGACCCUCCUGGACAAAAGCAUAGCCCGGAGUAUCGCGCGGAAGAACGACGGGUGGGCGGCUAAGAAGUCCGCGGCCGAUUGCUGCGGCUGCAAGCAGAGCUUCUACGUGGGCGGCGUCCUCAUCUGUCGCCGCAACCACUGCCGGCGCUGCGGCGGGCUGUUCUGCACGCAGUGCACCACGCAGGAGAUGUGCGUGCCGAAGCUCGGCUACGCCAUCCCCGUGAAGGUGUGCGACAAGUGCGCCCUCGAGCUCGUGAAGGAGGAGAACGUGCAAAAGCAGAUGGCGCAGGCCAGCCGAGCGCUGGGCAGUGGCGCCCGGGUGCUGCGGGUCGUGACCCCGCUGGAGUUCCUCUCCGUGCGCAAGAUCUGCCUGCUCGGCAUGAUGAGCAAGGACCUUUCGUCUGACCCCCACGUCGCCUUGCGGAUCGACCAGGGGGAGUGGGAGGGCACGGGCACCACGGACGAAUACUUCAGCCCCGCGUUCGACGACUGGUUCCUGCUCCCAGUGAGGAGGAACGACAGGCUCCUCAUGCUGGGGGUUUUCGGGGAGGCGCCAGAUGACGAAGUCUCAGAUCCGCGCGCCCGGAAGGAGGCUCAGCCACUGGGCGUCGCGGAGCUCAGGUUCCGCGACUUACCCGUCAACACGUGGACGACGGUGCGCAAGCCGCUGGACGGCGUGACCCAGGGCGACGUCGAGAUGGAGGUGCGCUUCUCGGAGGACGCUUUGCACCUGACCUGACACUUGGCACUGUGAGUUUGCUGGCGCAUGACCUCCGAGCCCAGCGAGGGUAUUCUCAACCCAUCGUUCAUCAUCAUC